CCUGGACCCGGCAGGACGUCCCUGUCCCUGUCUGUCCCAACCCAACACAGACAGACAGACGGACUCCCCGCUGUCUCUCAUGUGUCUUCCAACAGGACGCCAGUGAUUCAUGGUCGUAUUAAUCUUAAUAUUAAUAUUAAUCUUAAUAGACGCUCCAUUACAACCUGGACCCGAGGACUCUGAGACCCCCAGGAACCAUGGUCCGGGUCGCAGCGCUGAUCGCUCUUCUGACCUCGGUGCGGCUGACGGAGGCCCAACAUGAGCCGGGCCUGUGUGCUUUCUACGAGGAGUGUGGAAAAAACCCGUCGGCCGGAGGAACCCUCCUCCCCCCCAUCGUUCCCUGUCUGGACUACAGCGCCGCCCGCGCCCUCACAGGGCAGCACUACAGGAAACUCAAACAGGUCUGUCCCGUUUUGGACCGCGGCGAGGGCAACACCUUCGCCUGCUGCUCCAUCCAACAGCUGUCAUCCUUGGAAAUGAGCCUGACGCUGUCCAAGGCGGUGCUGGUCCGCUGCCCGUCCUGCGCCGAGAACUUCGCCCACCUGCACUGCAUCAACACGUGUAGCCCCAACCAGAGCCAGACCGUCAAAGUCACAAAACUAGCCAACGUCACGAAUCCGGACACCAACGUGACAAAGGAGGCCGUGGUGGCCUACCAGGCGUUCAUGACCACGUCCUUCGCAGACACCGCCUUCCAGUCCUGUAGGAAUGUGCGGAUCCCCUCCACGGGGGGCUUCGCCAUCGCCACAAUGUGUGGCCGGUACGGCGCCAAGCUGUGCACGCCACAGUACUGGUACGACUUCCAGGGCGACAGCAGCAACGGCCUGGCGCCGCUGGACAUCGACUUCCAGCUGGUGAAAGACGGCGACUCUCAGGGACUGCCGCCGGGCGUGGUUCCCUACAACGGGCGCGCCCUGAGGUGCAACGAGACAACGCCGUCCGGCGGCGAGGUCUGCUCCUGCCAGGACUGCCAGGAGUCAUGUCCCAAGAUGCCGCCGCCGGAGCUGCCGCCGGGCCCGUUCAGAAUCCUGACAGCCGACGGGUUCCUGGUGAUCUCCAUAAUCCUACUGUGUGUCCUGAUGGCCUCGUUCAUCCUCUACCUCGCCGUGUCGGGCUUCGUGAGGUCUCAGGGAAGAAAGGAUGAGGAGAAAGGGAAGGGAAAGGGGAAGGGCAAAGACCAGAACAGUAACAACGUGACCCGGCGGCUCAUCCACCCGUCGGAGGUGUCGUGCGCCGAGAGGAACAGCAUGGCGGCCCAGGCCAACCUGAGUUCCGGGUUCCGGCGCUGGGGCACCCUCAUGGCGUCGUAUCCGCUCACGGUUCUCCUGGUGUCAGCGGCUGUCGUCGUCGUCUUUGCCGCCGGUCUGAAGUACAUCGUGCUGACCACCGACCCGGUGGACCUGUGGUCGGCGCCCAACAGCCGCGCCCGCCAGGAGAAAGACUUCCACGACUCGCACUUCGGCCCGUUCUUCAGGACCAAUCAGCUGAUCCUGACGGCGCCGGGCCGGCCGGGCCACGUCUACAACUCGCUGCUGUUCGGACCGCACAACUUCAGCGGGCUCGUCUCCAAAGACCUCAUCAUCGAGCUGCUGGAGCUGCAGACGCGGAUCCGGGACAUAGAGUUCUGGUCCGAGGACCUGAACCGCACGGCGACCCUGAAGGACGUGUGCUUUGCGCCCCUGAACCCGUCCAGCCCGUCCACGGCGGACUGCGCCGUCAACAGCCUGCCGCAGUACUUCCAGAACAGUCUGUACAACAUCAACGACAAGAAGAACGUGACGCAGCUGGGCGUGACCGCCGAGGUGGACUGGAGGGACCACCUGAUCUACUGCCUCAACUCCCCCCUGUCCUUCAAAGACAUCACAGGCUUGGACAUGAGCUGCAUGGCUGACUACGGAGCUCCGGUCUUCCCCUUCCUGGCUGUAGGAGGCUACCAGA